AUGGCCGCGGCUCUGAGCCCAGAGGUCCAGUUGAUGCGGCGACGCGUUCGCCACGUCCACAUACCUGACCUCCCACCUGUGUACGCCCCGCGACGUCUCCCUACCAACAUCCGUGAUCACAUCCAGGGUCAGAUCACCCGCCAGCGCGCUUUUGCUGAGGACCUCUCAAUCGACGAUGCCGCUCAUGGCUUUGCCAAGGCUCCAUCCUCUUUUGUCUCCUGGGUAAAACGAGCUGGCCCACCGCCGACAGUCCUUUCAUUCACCCGUCGUCCUACUUACAUCCUUCCAAAACACCUGGUUCAGGCCCAGGAGCCAUGGCAGGCCGAGUACCUCACGAAAUCCCUCAAGAGCAGGAUGAACCUCCAUUUCCCCGAGCCGCCCGGAUGGUCCUCACUACCUUGGAGGCCUUUCUGGGAACAGAAAGUGAAGGAAUCCGAGUGGAAGCACGAUCCUCUCAACCACGAAUGGCCUGACGUGGGAGUUCUUAUCAUGCCCUGUGCAGAAGCAAUGUUUCUCGGACCAGGCCAGGUGUCUAUUUGGCCCAUUAUCGAUCUUAAGGACGAGAUCCAACGAGGCCAAGCCAAGCUGAAGACCAAGUAUGAGUACGAAAGAAUAUUGGAGGACACCACCAUUGAGAUUUUGAGGCGAGAAUUCCACAUACCAGCAUUCGCCAUCCCAGGAUCAACUGGCAUCUGGGUUGAGUCUAGAAUUCCGCCCCCAGAGGUUGAUGUGGAUCGAGUGGACGGAGCCGAGACUCCAAGCCGGCCAGAAAGUAUGGAUGUCGCGAAACGGCGAGACAAUAUACGACGCAUAGCCACCAUUCAUACCUCCAUCACUGACGACAUCACCCAGUGGGGCGUCUCGAUUCAUGUCGGCCAACCAACCCCCACAGUAGAGUCAUGGACCAGCUUCACGAACCCAUGGACACCUAUACGCCAGCACACUACCACUACUAGCAUAGCAGCUGAGCUUGCAUACAUGAAAAGCACCGCAAGCCCCUUAGGUCCGAGCAAAUACAUGUUGACGCACUUUGACCAAAACGCCGUGCCUGCUCGGGCUGGACAAGGCGCCCUGCCCUAUAGCUUGGUAAAGGUCGGUUCGGGGCGGAAAAGCCCCGCACCCUUGGGCAUGGAUAACCGUGAUAUAUCCACUGCAUGGACGUACGAAUUCGCCCGUCAGCUAGGCAUGAAAGAUGGCCACGUGGAUCACUAUAGCAUGGUCGACACAGAUGACACAGAUGCAACCCAGGUGCCGACCAAAUCUUCCGGUGCAGGCUUCAGGUUUAAGGGAGUCUUCUCGGAGGACAUCAUGAACAAAGCGUACCAACAGGUAGACGUUCCACCGCUCCUGGUCGGCCAGCAUGAGACGGUGUCGCCGGGCAUCAUGGAGGACUCUAUGCGCAUAGAACACCACGACGGGAAGAUCGACUCCACUACGCACGACGGAUGGCUGCUCUCGUGGCCGCUGUGGGAAUCAACGCUGAUCCAGAAGCUUGACGAGGCCAUUUGCGGCGGGCCAUGCGACACGCGUCUGAAGGCCUACGGGUUGCAAAAGCAGGUUUCUUCGCAGCUGCAGCGCCGCAGGAACGAACUGAAACGGGCAAUGGAGGUCGGCGAAGAGUGGCGUGCGGAUAUGCCGCACCUCAUCCGGCGGCCUCUCCAUGACGAUGUCAUUAGGGAGCUGGCCGACCGGUCGCGCGAGAUGGAGCGCAUUCUCAAGACAGUGCGGAUAGGCACAAAGUCCGCGAAAUUGCUGAACAGCACGAUCCAGAUCCGGAGGCUGCUCGAGAGACGCUUCGCAGGCGCGUUCGACAGGAACGCGGGGAACCCGGUCCUCAAAGAGGCCGAGCUUUCGCCUGUGUCUCGCGUGGCCUCGAAGGCAGCUUCGACUACGAGCGCUGUCACUUCAACUACUAAGGGAGCCACCAAGCUUUCUCCAAAGCUGGCUCGGACUACUAAUCCAGCUCAAGCCUCGGAGACCAGACCUCCCAACUCUACACAAAAUCAGACGAAAACCACAAAAAAACAGCCGCAUGAGCUAGAGGCCCAAAGCGGCCCGAUGUCAUUUCGACAAAAAAGGCCAGGCGGAUUGGUUGAGUUCGCGGAAACUAAAGCACAGGAACGCAGAAAGGUGCUUCAGGAGCGUGGCAAGGGCAGUGUCCGUAUAAAACGUCUUUCCUUAGUCGAAUCCACCGAUCCAAAGCUCGAGGUAAAUUGGGAAAAGGUUAAUGAGGACGUGAGAGCGCACCAGGAGCACCUAGAAGCAGCCAAGAAGCUCGGGAAGGAUCUGGUCAGGAAGUUCCGGUGGAAAGGCCCUCACGCCAAAGACGCCAGUCAAGGAACAGCUGCUGUAGGAAUCUCGCAGUUCCUGCCAAAUACACAGCAGAUAGGAGGGCCUUGA